AUGAACCUCUCUCACAACAACAACAACAACGUUAACCCUAACAACAGCAAUAAUCAGGCUUGUGCUGCUUGUAAAUAUCGACGUAGAAAGUGUGCUCCUGAUUGCAUUCUCGCACCUUAUUUCCCUCACGAUCGCCAACGUCAAUUCCUCAACGCCCAUAAAUUGUUCGGCGUCCGAAACAUCACCAAAAUCAUCGAAAACCUCAACCCUCGCGACAAAGACAACGCCAUGCGAACCAUCAUUUAUCAAUCCGACAUGCGAGCUAAUGAUCCUGUCGGAGGUUGUUACAGGUACCUCCAGGAGCUUCAAGCUCAGGUCCAAUACCAUCAAGCUGAACUCGAUCUUGUUCUUCAACACCUCGCUGUUUUUCGAUCCCAAGCUCAUCAUCAUCAGGAAGCUAUCGAUAUUAAUAACGAUGCCGAUCAUUUGAAUCUGUGCAACCCUAAUAAUAUUAGUCAUUAUCAGUUGGCUCAACAAGAUCCGUAUCUGAUGGUUCAGGAACAACAUCAUCAUCAUCAUCAAAACAAUAAUGGUGUUGCUUUGCAGCAUCAGGACGAUGUUAAUUCUUGGGCCAUGCAGGAAUCCAUAACCUUGUCGUUUCACGACAAGAACGGCGACGAUGAGAGUGGUGGCGGUUAUGUCGGCGAUGAAUUGUACAACAAUGAUCAGAAACCUUCGUCGUGUAUGCUUGACAACAUUAAUUGUGAGGAAAGGAACGAGAUUGGUUUUGAACCUGAGGAAUUAGUGGAACGGAGUGAUGAGGCGAUCUUGUUCAAGAUGGAAAAUGCAGAUGUAAAUGAAGAGGUUAAUUGCAUUCAACAAGUUCAAGAUCAUGAUCUAAAAGGUGCUGCAACCUUGUUCACCCUCACAAAUUGCACUAGCUGA